AAACAAUGUCGGCCAUUAGUAAGGGACAAUAUGAAAAUUAGUCGGAAAUGCAUAAAAGGCCAGGGAGAUGCCGCAUAGAAUCCCAAAAGUAGCAAUUCAUUGCAAAGAAUACUUGUGUGUAUUGCAGAUUUGAGGAAUCGUCCUGUAGGUCGUUGAUUCAAUUUUCAGUAAUUGGUGCCCAAGAAGCUACAAUCCAUUGAGGCUGUUGAGGCUGUCAAAGUGAAAAUCCCUUGUCGGAAUAAAGACUACUAUUUUAUCCUGUCUCUUUUUGAGCCUGUUUCAUUUCAAUUCUCUGAAGCAUCAUCCAGUUGACAAUUCGUGUUCUACUAUUGCAACAUUAUGUAUUCGUGGGACGAGUUCCGUUCACCAAAGCAAGCAGAGGUUCUCAACCAAACUGUCACGCUAGAGACAAUUGUCAGCACUAUCCAGUUGCCAAUCUCUGAAAUUGAUUCCAUGGAAAGAAAUCGUCUGUUGACCGGAAUGACAGUCGCAGUACAAGUCGGCUUAGGAAGCUUCAUUCUCGUGUUAAUGUGUAUCUUUUCUAGCAGUGAGAAGCGCAAGAAACCUGUGUUUAUUUUCAACUUUGCCGGAAACUUGGUGAUGACUCUAAGAGCCAUCUUCGAGGUAAUUGUCCUUGCAAGCAACAACUACAGUAUUGCCGUUCAAUACGGUUUUGCAUUUGCCGCAGUUCGGCAAUAUGUACACGCAUUCAACAUCAUCAUCUUAUUGUUGGGACCUUUUAUCCUGUUCAUUGCAGAAAUGAGUUUGAUGCUACAGGUUCGUAUUAUUUGUUCGCAACAUCGACCAACGAUGAUUACCACGACUGUAAUCAGCUGUAUCUUCACCGUUGUCACAUUGGCAUUUUGGAUCACAGACAUGAGCCAGGAGAUCGCAUACCAGUUGUUCCUAAAGAAUUACAACAUGAAACAGAUCGUCGGCUACAGCUGGCUAUACUUUAUUGCAAAGAUCACAUUUGCAGCAAGCAUUAUUUUCCACAGCUCUGUGUUUUCUUUUAAACUGAUGCGUGCCAUAUACAUCCGGCGCAAAAUUGGUCAGUUCCCGUUCGGGCCAAUGCAGUGUAUUUUCAUUGUGAGCUGUCAGUGUCUCAUUGUGCCUGCCAUAUUUACGCUUAUUGACAGUUUUACACAUACAUACGAUGGGUUCAGUUCGAUGACACAGUGUCUUCUCAUCAUUUCGCUGCCAUUAUCAAGUUUGUGGGCCACGCACACGGCUCAAAAGCUGCAAACGAUGAAAGACAACACCAAUCCACCCUCGGGAACACAAUUGACUAUUCGAGUGGACCGCACGUUUGACAUGAAGUUUGUGUCUGAUUCAUCAGAUGGCUCCUUCACCGAAAAAACCGAAGAGACGCUCCCGUAAGGAGACAACGGUUUUGCUCCGCAGUUCUGAAAUCCCUCCCAUGUGCAGACCCGAUGGUCCCUGUCUUUUCCUUUUUCCGUUGAUCUUCAGGUUUUUCAUAAAGCAUCGAAAGUUCCUUUUGAUGAUGUCGAGAAUCCUCUCUCUUUUUUUUUUGCUUUCUUAUCGGCUCCAUUUACUUGUCACUCUUUCAUUUUUUAUUCCUUUUUAAUCUUUUUUAUUUUUCAUUUUUAAUAUCCGUCAUGCGACACAGAGCAGCUUCUUGUAAUGACUGCAUUUCUUUUGUUACGACCAUUUGUUUCCGGACUUGUCUUCUCAAUUCUGCUCUUUGGCGUCUGUUUUCUUCUAACCCAGAGAGCAUUCUUUUCACUGAGGAUUUUGUUAGAAGACAUAGAAAUGAUAUCUCAAAGCAUACGUGUUUGUUCUAAUAGUUGUGUUUCCAUGAUCGAGAUAAAUGACAGGUGAAGGCAGUAGUGGGUAAUAGGAAGAAUGUAUAGCUAA